AUGAGCCGCGUUAUUCUUGUCAGCGGAGCUAAUCGAGGCAUUGGGAGAGGCCUCGCGACACAUUAUCUUGCCCAGCCGGACACUACUGUCAUUGGAACCGUUCGGGAUAUCUCAUCCGAGAAUGCGAAAGAUCUUGUCACGCUACCAAAGGGUGACGGCUCGCGUCUAAUCGUCGUGCCGCUUAUCGCCGACAGCCCCCCAGACGCUGCAGAGGCCGUAUCCGAGAUCCAGACGCAGCAUCACAUCGAGCACAUCGACAUUGUCAUUGCCAAUGCGGGAAUUUGCAACCACUACGGCCUAGUGCUGGAAAUGGCCGACUCGGACGUCCUUUCCCAUUUUGAGGUGAACACACUGGGGCUACUUAUAUUGUUCAGGGCCGUGGCACCGUUGCUGCAGAAAGCCAGUACUCCCAAGUUCGCUUAUAUCUCCACGCUCCUGGCCAGCAUUCAUGAGAUUGAACAGAUACCCUCGUUGACUGCCGCCUACGGAAUGUCAAAGGUGGCUGGAAAUUAUCUGAUCAAGAAGAUUGAUGCGGAGAAUGAGGGCUUGAUCGCUUUGGCAAUCGAUCCGGGAAUGGUUCAAACGGAUAUGGGUAGUCGCGCUGCGCAAGCCCAUGGACUGGAGAAGGCUCCGGUGACCGUCCAGGAUACCGUUCAUGGAAUUACAAGCCAGAUCGAGGCAGCCACAAAGGCAACUACAUCCGGUCAAUUUGUGAACUAUAACGGGGAGAAGGUGCGCUGGUAG